AAGCCAUUUACGCAACGACCGUCCUCUGCGAAAGACAUGGAAACAGUCAACAAAGAUUUGGGAAAUCUCCAUGUGACCGGCGAUCAUCACGUCCCGGACGCCUCAUCCACUCACCCCGAGGAUCUUGCCUCGUCUGGGUCACCAACUGGAUCAACAACCCCAACGGAAACAACGUCGCCGAGACCUGUGGCAACGGAAUCCGAAAAUGAUCGUCAACCACGUAAUCGUCGUGGUAAGAGAGCUGGUUGGAGAGUCAAAGAAAACAUGCGGAUGAGGCUUCUUAAUGAUCUCCAAAAUCGUGCGGUGAACUAUAUGGUCGCCCGAAAUGUAAGGGCCAUGAACCAUCGUCGCGAAAACCGUAAGGAUACAGCCGGAUAA